AUGGACAAUAAUAUGAAAACAAGGAAUUCAUCGUUGUUGUUGUUGUCGUCAUCGUUGUGGCUCCUCCAUAUUUGUUGCUCCAUGCAUUCAGAGAACUUCGGGUGGGCCAAAUACCGGGUUCACAUAGUGAACGAAAUCCAAAAUGUUGGAGGAGGUCCGUUGGUGAUUCGAUGUCAGUCGACUGGGACCGUCGACGAUGAUCUGGGCGUUCAGAGAUUGGGCCUGCACAAGGAGUUUAGCUGGGCUUUCCAUUACAAUUGCAGUGGAUCUACACUUUGCUUUUGUCGAUUUACAUUCGGCUCAAGGUCCACUAGUUUUGAUGUUUUUAGGGGCGUUGACGACGUGAAUUGGUGUAAUUAUCAGGACCGUAACAACGGGGAUUAUUACUGGGUCAUCACAAAUGAAGGCUUUUAUUUUGGUUGUAAUCCUUGGAGCUUCCGAAGAUCCACUCCUUUUUCUGAGCGCUAUAAUUGGUGA